GGGACCACGUCAGCCUUUCGUUCUAGAUGUGUUUGGAUGGAACGCGGAGAGUGAAGAAGGUGAGUGAAGAAGAUAAUUUUCCAUUCUCCCAUGUCCGCAACAAAUUCAUGGGAUCAAGCCGCUCUUCGUCUCUUGUGGCACGGAGGCUCCACAUUCGAUGCCUGGCUCAACAUUGUUGCUGCGAAGCUGGCUUCGCGGCUCCUCACUUUUCCACAGUCCACUGCCCAAUUGGGGCUGCCUUCGGCCAUUGUUUUCCAGCUGCUUCUAUCGGCGAUGGGAUUGUGGGCUCAAUCCGCGAUAAAUGUUCUCUACUUGAGACACAAGCGGAUGGUGAAUCCAGAGACAACAGCGAAUCAACCCUGGCACACGACUCAGGUACAAUCAAAGAGUUUUAGAAUCGACCGCUUAAGAGCACCGCAGCUUCACGAAGUUAUUGGAGGGCUUCUGGGAUCUAAAUGGAAGAUUGUUUCCCUCGUGUUCAACAUUGUCACACUCUUCUAUGUUUCGUCGGCUCAACUUAUAGCAUGUAGCAAUGUGGCAUACACCGUGAAUGACAACAUGGACAAGAGAACCUGGACGUUUGUGUUUGGGGCAAUCUUCUCACUGCCAAUUCUUUUCCCGAGCGCUCACAACUACAGAGUUUGGUCGUUCCUGGGAGUGGUCACUAUUAUCUUUGACUCUGCUUACAUGACAAUAGCAACGCUGUUUGACAGAAAGGCCGGAAACGUCAGGCAUUCGUCACCACGAAGCUCCCAGGAAUAUUUUACCGGUUUGGUCGGGAUGCUGAUCCUCGGAAACGUUCCCAUCCCUGUGGAGAUCAUGGAUGCAAUGUGGAAGCCUGACGAGUACCAGGCAGCAAAUCUUUACGGGAUGGCUUGCAUUUUGGUGGUGGUCAUGCUUCCAAGCAUCAGCAUGGAACGCAAAUAUGGAGACAAGCUUCUCGCCACCCCAAACGCGAUGUUGCUACUCCCAAGAUCAAAGUUUCACGACAGUGCCAACGUCCUCAUCCUCCUUCAUGUGGUUAUCAACUUUGGCAUGUACUCCCUCGCACUUUACGCGACGUGGGAGAAGAUAGUGCGCAUCCACGACUCACCAAGCUACGUGAAGCGAACGUUGUCCCGGAUACCAGUGUUCCUGGCGCUGUGGAUCACCGCUCUCGCCUUCCCUUUCUUCGGUGCAAUCAACAAGCUCUUGGACGCCAUCCUUGUGUCCUGGAACUUCUUCAUCAUCCCGUGCGCGGCUUACAUUGCAGUCUUUUGGUUGCCGCGGCCGCGGCGAGACUCCAAAUCCCUGUCGAGGCUGGGCUGGGCGGUGGAUUUGAGCGUUUGCCUGGGCAUUAUCCUGUGGAUGCUGGUCAUGCAAUGUGGGCUGGGCUUGUGGGGCGACGUCCACACUUUCGUCAAGGUGUUGGAGGGAACCAGGCCCUUUCCAAAGUGCUAUCGCUGCGCACCUCCAAAGUAGAGAACAUCUUCUUGGGCAUAUUCCUAGAAUUUAGGGCUGUCGAUUCCUAUAUCCUUUUAGGGCUGAUGAUGAGAGAAUGCUGCGAGGAGGUGGAGGUAAGGCAGGAGGAGGGCUGCAUCAGCGAGAAUAGGCUGAGGAGGGCGAGUGUUAGUACCACCGCCAGCAAUGCUGCAUCCAAAGAGGGAGCAGAGGAGCGAAAGCUCGCUCGAUCUCCAAAGCUUGCGGGGAGGCUCCCCGAGGCGUUUGAUCUAGCGAAAGAUCGAUAACAAGAGGAAGAUGCUCAUGAGCCGAGCUUUCAAGGACUAUACCGGGUUUGAGUACGAGGGAAGCGGCCUGGACGAGCACACUAGAAAGGAGAUGGCGAGGAAGAAAAAGAAGCUGGGACGGGACAAGCUCCACAAGUGAUAUAGAUCUCUUUAACGAAUCUAUCAAUGCUCGAAGCGUUUGUAGCGAUGGAAAGAACACUAGAAGGCUCCAACGAAUCUAUCAGUGCUCGAAGCUUUUGUAGCAACACAGGAAAGUUAGAAGAGCUUAUAGCGCAAACAAGACAAACAUUGGAGGAGAAAA